AGCUCCGCCCCCCCACGGCUUGGCGCAGGCCCCCCUCCCCCUUCCCAUCUCGGGGGCGGCAGGAGGGGGCUGGGAGUGAGAUGGCGGUGAACCAGAGCCACACCCAGAGCCGCAGCGGGGUUGUCGUUCCUUUUGGCGAAAGUGUCUUGCAGCAAUGUCAGGAAGUGUACCUCUCCUUCCCACAGCAACCAGAGGGAUCCAAUCUCUUUAGUGGUACAAAGAGGGGAACAUUAUUUCUCACUUCAUACCGGGUGAUCUUCGUGACUUUACCCUCAGUCAACGAUCCCAUGCUUUCUUUUAUGAUGCCGUUUGAUCUGAUGAGUAACUGGACACUUGAGCAGCCAGUCUUUGCCGCCAACUACAUUAAAGGAACCAUUCAGGCAGCUCCAGAUGGUGGCUGGGAAGGACAGGCUACUUUUAAGUUAAGCUUCAGAAAAGGAGGCGCUGUCCAGUUUGCCCAGUUGAUGAUGAAAGCUGCCUCUGCUGCUGCCAGCGGAGUUCCACUUGGAAGUGUAACUUGCUGGUUCGGUGCUCCAGGACUGAGUGUAGUUACCUGUCAGGGAAGCAUGAUGGGCACCCAACAGAUGCCUGGCCCAGCAUACCCAGUUGUUGUCUAUGGACCCCCACCUGCGGGAUAUGGAGCCCCACCAGUGGGAUACAGAGCCCCGCCUGCAGGAUAUGGAGCCCCACCUACAGGACAUGGAGCCCCACCUGCAGGACAUGGAGUCCUACUGGCUGGAAAUGAAGCCCUGCCUGCAAGAUGUGAAACUCCACCUGCUGGAAAUAGAGCUAGGGCUCAUGAAUCUGUGGCAGCCCAGCCGGCUGGGUCUGAGACCUCUCCUUCCUUUGCCUCAUCUUCUCAGACUCGUUUACCACCUUCUAAGAAGUAAACCUUGAAGACUCACCAAGCAAAGUGGCACCCUAAAACUGAAGUCAGGAUAAGAAGGAGGACUCAGGUGCCAAGCAGUAGGAGGAGUUUCCUGUGCUUGUAGUGCCUGAUCUUCUCCACACAUCUGUGAGGUCCUGGGUGACUUCCCUUAUACCCAGUGCCUCAAAAGACAGACGAAUCAUGUGAGACGGACUCCUGUUCUCAAGGAAGGAAAAUGCCUGAACACAGAUCACAAGCCAACCAGAGUGAGAGACAUCUGAACCAGUCUACAUAAAACAGCUUGGGGAUGGAGACUGAUUUCUGGAUUCUUGUUAGAAAACAGGCUUCCUUCCUGCCUAUGUCCUGAGGAGAAAAGGGAAAUUAAUGUAACUGAAGAGGCUGGGGUCACCUUGGUUUUACACUCUUGAUUAAAGUCUGCUUGCUGUCAAACACAUCUACUAUGGGAUUAGUCU